AUGUCGGUCGACCCCUUUGCCGAUCCUUACGAGCCUCCCGCCUGGGACUCCUCGUAUCCGAUCCCCACCUCGGGAAACUUCACCGAGAAGGCGCUCGUGAAGAUCGCGGAGGCAUGGGCGGAGGCGGAUGGCGGGCUCCUGACGGACGCCGAUAUAUUGAUCCUCAAAACCGGGCUAGAACGCAUGGCGCUCGAUCCUGCCGCCCUUAACUUCUGGGAGUCGCAAGUCGAGAAACUUCCUCGACGUACCCCGAUCAGUAUCGAAGCACUCGAGGAAGCGCAAAUGCAUCCGAUCAUUUCGCACGCUCUAGGUUCCGCUCGCCCUGCCGACUACAUCGCUGCAUACGGAGCGCGCUAUUGGACGAAGGGUCUUCAAUCCUACCGCCUCCGGCGUCAGACGUCGACAGGCGCCUUAUCCUCCCAGGCGGCUCAAGACGGCCGAAGUGACACCGGACGCGACGAGCGGUCCGGACAAGAUGGUGAUCUAGAACGACGCGUUACGUCGUCAAUCCGCGGCCUAGGUGACUUGCCAGUCUUCAAGUUCGGCGCUAAUCGCUAA